AAGGACGCCAUGCCCGCCCGCAGUAGGCGACGCUGUGUCCGGAGUGGCGAGCAGAGGAGGAGGAGUGCACUGGAAGCGGGGCGGCGUGGAAGGGAGUGUGGGACGGAGACGGAGAGUGUCGGUGAUGCGCCUCAGCGCGGCCAGCUGUGUGGGAGAAGGGGCGUCGGGGCCCACGGCGGAGGAGGCGCUAGCCUGAUUGGGACGCGCGACCUCACUUUGUUCACUCGGUCAACCCGUGGACUUGAGCAAGCACCCACUCCGCUUCGUCGCGCAGCCGCAAUACAAGUUGCCACGACGCCCGCAACCAUGGCCGCAACCGUCGACGCCGCGCCCGCCCUCUCGCACGCCUCCGACGACGACGAGCUCCCGGGCAACGCCGCAGAGAGUGCGCUUGGCGAGGACGAGGACGACCUCUUCGGCGAGGAAGGCGGGGAGGGCGACGAGGACCCAGCCAGGCUGCGCAAGCUCGACGACGAGGACCUCGAUUCAGGCGACGAUGAAGGCCGCGCCGACCGCGUCGAGGCGCUCGAGGCCGAGCAGGAGCAGGAAGAAGAGCUGCAGUCGUUCAGCUUCAUGGACGCCGACAUUGCGCGACAUGCCGUGCCCGAACCCAGCGAUGGCGAGCUCUACCUCCUCAAGAUCCCGCGCUUCCUAGCCAUCGAGCCUACCGCCUUCAACCACAAGACCUUUCAAGCGCCAACGACGGACCAUCACUGGAAAACGGCGCCCUCGGAGCAUUUCUCCGCAUUCAACACGGCUAUGACGACCAUCCGAUGGCGCCGGUCGCCUUCGAAACCCUCGCAGCUCCAGUCGAACGCCCGCGUGCUGCGCUGGUCCGACGGCUCCCUGACCCUCCAGUUCGCCAACGACCCGGUGAACCAAUACCAGGUCAACGCAAAUGCGCUCGCGCCGCCGCAAGUCGAUCCGAAGAUACCCACGCCCACUUCCGUCAAGAAGAAGACGAGGACCGAGUUCAAAGAGAGCUAUACCUACCUCGUUGCGCCAUACGAAGAGGCCAAUGUUAUGCGCGUCACCAACAAGUUCACCACGGGCAUCCAAGUCGUGCCGGCGGCAAACUCGCGGGACGGCGCGCUUGAGAAGCUGCAGAACGACCUUGCAGCAGCCGCAGCCCGUGGUCGAGACGACGCGAACCAAGCCAUCUCCUUCAUCAACGUCAACGAAGACCCCGAGCUCCGCCGCCAGAGGGAGGAGCAAUCAUACAAGGAGAAGCUUAAGCAGCAACGUGCAAGAGAGAAGCAUGAGCUGCGCGAGCGGGAGCGGGCGAACCGCACCUUUAAUAGGAGUGGUGUCCACCGAUCCACUUACGGUCUCGACGUCGGCAUGCUCGAGGGCGAGGAGCGCGGCAGGAGACCCGGGGCCAAGAAAGCGAGACUGAAAGCUUCGCAGCGUGACUGGAGCAGCGAUGAGGACUAUGGCAUCCGUGGACGGCCUACAAGGGAAGACGAAUACGACGAGGAAGACGACUUCAUCGCCCCUAGCGAAGAAGAGCCCGAGAUUGUAGACGACGAUGAAGAUGACGACGGUAUUAUCGAGGAGCCAAGACAUCGUGCGCGGGAUACACAGAGUCCGAAAAGGAAUCGGGAUGGGGACGAAGAUGAGGACGAGGAGGUGAUAGUCAAUCGACCGAAGAGAAGGAGAGUCGUCGAGGACGAUGACGAAGACGAAUAGAAUUAGCACCCUCGUCGAAAGCCGAUUGAGGAUAUUGGAGCCGCGUAUCAGACGCCUCUAUCACUACCCACGAUCUGCUUCCUUGCUGCUCUCUUUAGUUGCGUUAAAUUCUGGUGGUGGAGCUAAUAUUAGGGAUUUGGGUGCAUUAGCUUCUGUAGGAUUUAAGCAUACCCCUAGAGGUUAGUUUCUGCUGUGCCCGUCUUCAAAAGGCUACCUAUCCGUGCAGGUGCCCAGCUGUACA